GCGGUUGUUUUGACAGGUAACGGAAGCGGAAAUUUCCGCCAGGGUUCGGGAAAAGCCUCCUCCUCUCAUGCCUCUCCAUCCCUCUCUCCUCUCCCAGGACAUCCCUUCUCACCUCUGAUGUGAAGAGCAGGUGUUUUAAUAAAGAGACACACAUGGAGUGAGCCGUUCGUAAGAGAGGGAGAAUUUGUCAGCUACGGCCAUCUACCAGAACAAGCCUUAAUUGCCAUAAGACACUGUUUAAGAGUUCUUUGUAGGCCACACAUCCAGCACCAUGACACAGUCAAUGCUACGCAGAACACUGAAGAACCUUGUGCAGAAUUUCUCUGAAGCUGAGGUCAAGGUAAGGGAGGCGACCUCCAAUGACCCCUGGGGUCCAUCCAGCUCGCAAAUGUCAGACAUCUCAGACCUGACCUACAACGUGGUGGCGUGCGGCGAGAUUAUGGGCAUGUUGUGGAAGCGCCUCAAUGAUGACAAGAAUUGGAGGCAUGUCUACAAGUCUUUAACUCUGCUGGAGUAUCUACUGAAAACUGGUUCUGACCGUAUUCCAAAGCAGUGUCAGGAGAACGUUCACACUGUCAAAGCUCUAACAGAGUAUCGCUUCAUGGACAAGGAUGGGAAAGACCAGGGAGUGAAUGUCCGAGAGAAAGCCAAGAUAGUGCUGGUACUUAUUGAGAAUGAGGAGAAACGGAAAGAGGAGCGGGAAUUUGCCAUGAAGACUAAGGACAAGCUGGCAACUGCCUCUGCAGACCCAAAUGAGAAAGCAAAGGCUGAGAUUCCUCCGUAUACGGGGCUGCCGUCUUUGGACAACAUCCCCUCUGUGGCUGAUUUAACUGCCUCCAUGGCAAAGAAAAAGGAGGAGCAGAGACGACUGGAGGAAAAGAGGAAAGAAGAAGAGAGAAGGGCGAAGGAAGGCGACACUGAUCCUGACCUGUGGGAGCAAGCGGCGACCACUGCCCCUCCAUCUGGCUCUGAUCCCUGGGGAGCACCCUCUCAUUCUCUGAAAGAUACAGGCCCUGCCACCAACGAUCCCUGGGGGGCCCCAUCGGACAAAUCCAAAGAUUCAGAUUUGGCUAACAAUGAUCCUUGGGGUCGGUCAGCAGAUGGAACAAAAGACUCAGCUGUUGCCUCCAAUGAUCCAUGGGGUGGUCCAGCAGAUGCAGAGAAACAAUCAUCCCCUGCCACAAACGAUCCAUGGGGAGACUCUUCAGAGCCCACAGAAGACAAAGGUCCAGCCAGUAACGACCCUUGGGGUGCAUCAGAUAACUUGCUAGCAGAAUCACAACCAGCGAAGUCAGAUCCCUGGGGGGCUUCAACAGAUUUUACAGAAGAGUCUGCUCCUGCAUCCUCUGAGCCAUCAGGAACACUAUCAGAGCCAUCUGCAGCCAAGCCAGACCCAUGGGGUUGCGAUCUAGGAACUUCAGUGGUGUCACCCGCUGAUCCAUUCGGCGAUGGGGCUAAAGCCGAUAACGACCCAUGGGGCGCAACAGCUUCACCACUCCCUGCUAACGAUCCCUGGGGUGCUCCAGCAGCUCCCGCUCAUGGCACAGCAGCAGACGACCCCUUUGGUGAUGGAGGAAGUUCAAAUGCCUGGGGAACUCCUGCAGACAGUGCUGACUCGGCUGUGCCCACAGGGGACGGCAAAAAGCCAGGCGGUUUCCUUGGGGAAGGAGCCUCAUUGGUGGACCUCGACUCGCUCAUGUCUGUCAAACCCAAACCAAAACAGCCAUCGCUCAAUUCCAUUCUGUCCUCUGGCCAAAAAGCACAGGGUGAUAACUGAGCCAGAGGGAGUGACUGAGAGGAUCAGAUAUCAGAUUAUGCGUUUAUAUAUGAGUGUCUGUGAUCCUGUAAUUUUGAAACAUAGAGAUUAUAUAUUAUGUGGGCAAAUGUAGCCAUUGUAGAUUCUUUUUUUUAAAGGUAUAACUAGGGCUGGGUUACGAUAUUUAGUCCCCAAAAGACACUAUUCAAAUCAAAUCUGUAUGACCAAAACAAAGACACAGAAAUGUAUGUAUUUAUUUAAUUAUGUUUGUGUAUUCUGCUGAAAUCAACUCUGAUAAAUCUGUGACCCACUGCCAAUUUGCUACUCCGACAAACCUUUUGUCAUUUUAACCUGAUUUCUGAUCAGGCUCUAAUGACACACAGAGCAAGGAGAGUGAAAAACAACCAAAGAUGCCUCAAGUUUGGCUGUGCUUUUCAAAACUAGAUUUUGACUCUGAGGAGCACCAUGCCUGCCAUGUUCCCAUCCUCAUCAUCAUACUAGACAAAACACACCGCAUGAACACAACAUAGCAGUAACAAGUGGCGAGAAUAAUUCCUAACCAGACUUGGUAGCUUUGUAAUGCUUUGAUAAACUGCUCAAAGGCCAUCUGUGAUUAAUUAAUCUGAUGUCAUUUUUGGAUAAGUCCAUUUUGUCCAAAAAAGAUAACUCUGUGGGGUUUCCUGAUUGCAUUAAGAAUUGUUUUGGAAUUGGUACAAGAAUUGAAAUAUUCAAAAACCCAGCCUUAGGUAUAGCCUACUUAAUCACUUGCUCCACUCAUACCUCCAUCUACUGGUUUCUUUUUCCUUUGUUUUCCUAUGGCUUUCCAGCGCCUUGCAUGACCAGGUCACACUGGUCCAACAAAAGAAACAGCAACUCUCAAGUAUAUUUGCUUUAGAGUCUCUCAAGUAUUAUUUCCAUUCAUCUAGAAUGUCUUUGACUGUUCCAUUUUUGCAUCCUUCAACCCAGCUCUUGGGGCACAAGUGGGUCGUAUGGCAUCUGAAAUCUGGAGAACCCCAAUCUCUAGUCUGACUUUGUCAUCACCCCAGCAUGCAAGCUUGAAUAGUAUCGUCUAGCACUAUGCGAUUUCCUGACCAAGGGUGUCUAUGUGCACCCCAUAAGACUACAAAAACCUCAUUACUACAUGUUUACACUCUUUAAGACCCAGCACAGUUGCUUUUUAACAUCUAUCAGAAAGAAAUAAGACAUGGACAAUUCCGUAUAUUUCUGUUACCUUCCCAAAAAUUGCCUUAAAAGUGGGUGUUUUCCUUUUCCUCUGUCACCUUUUUGCGUGGGAUGGCAAGAUGCUUUCGAAUUUUAUUUAUAUCAAGGUAGCCUGUGAAUGGCUGUAGAUAGUGUUAUGUAUGACGCAGGGGUGGGCGAUAUGGAAAAAACUUCACAAUACUUGAAGACAGUCAGUGCACAAUAAAUGUUGUGCUGAAGCAGAAGUAUGAAGAAAUUGUCAGACUUUUUGAUGGUAAAACACUUAAGUUAGGAGGAAAAAUACUAUGCUGGGCCUUUAAAGAAUCAACCCGAAGGAUUCUACCAAUGACACACUUAGUAGAAGCCAGUAAACAUCAGAAAAUAAAUAGAGGUAGAGAGUAAAAAAGAAGUUGAUUAGGUUGUAAAUUUUACAAUGUAGUCAUGUCUUGUGUUCUUAUGGGAUGCAGGCACACUCUUGGUAUGCCCCAUUAACACUUGAAUAUCCAGCCGAUCCUCCAGUGGAAUUUGUAGAGCCAGCUUUCCAGCCUGUAUUGAUAUGGGACACUAAAGCUGGAAAAUCCAACACUGUCCCUUUUUGUUUUUCAGCCACCUUCCCACCCCCAUUCCCUAUCCACUUACAAAAUGCCAGCUUAGAGCCUGUUGUCUGUGUGUGUGCGGGUGUAUGUGUGUGAAAACUUUGAAAAUCAAUAAGAACAAUCUCCUCUACAUGUAUCCUUUUCUCAGUUUUCGGGGAAAACUAGCAUGAAUAUCCUGAAUUUAUCCCAGAAAGGUAAACUGAGAGUGCUGGUGGAGUUUGGUCGAUUAUUUCUGUUGUGGUGUGAUCUUGUAUUCUGUUAUAUGCAUUCAUCAGAUGUUUUGUAUAGUAGGUUAUUUGAGCAGUGCAGUUGUGAUUUAUAAAUGAAACGAAAAGGUAGAUGAAAAUUAUAUAAGGAAAUUGUACAUUUGAAAUACUUUACUGCUCGGUGAGAGGCAUUUGACACCAGGUUUAAGAUGUGGUGUGUUGUGUGGUUUGCAUUCCAGCAUUACUUGACUGUAUCACAUUUUAACAGAGGAUGUCUUUGUACAUUUGUACAUUGUGUAAACCCACUCACACCUUACAACUGCCUGUAAAAUGUGUGGCAGCCUAAUAAAGUGGCUGCUGAGUGUACUUUAAAUAUAUGCGUUUUAUACUUGUGUUAAGCAUUGUUUCAUAAUUUUACUUGCUUAUUCAGAUUCUUCACACUUCACCAAACUUGCACUGACGUAGAGAAGGACUGUAAAAGGACAGAAGAACCAGAAUCACACUUGGAAAUAUAGUCGUCCCUAUUCAGUGUCAUUCUAGUUUGUCAGAAUAGAUAGAUAGAUAUACCGAGAAGCAUAUAAUACCUAAUGUGGGGCAGUGAAGUAAUUAUUUAUUUAUUUAUUUAUUUAUUAAUUGCUUGCUUGAUUGAUAGAUUGCUUGAUUGCAUAUCCAUGUUAUUCCCAUGUCAGUCAAAAGCUGAAUAUUAGCCUAAAGUACAGUAAAAUAUCACGUUUUUCAUUCCAGUAAUGUUGUUCUAGUGAAUAAAGGUGAAAAUAAAGGUGAAUUUCAUGUUUUGACAGUAAAUACUUAUUUCAUGAAUAUGCAAUUAAAUAGAAUCCUUCUUACUUCACUGCCCUAUUUCUUAUGCUUCUCAUGCUAUUUAUUCAACCAUUAUGUUUAAGUGUGGUGUUUCCUGUGAUUGUGCACAUUACAAGAAUAAACUGAAGAAAUUACUGAAAAUA